GCCAGAGGGCAAUCGACCAUCUAAGAUUUGACAUUUGUCGUCCAUUAAGCCCUUCGAAAAUGGAUGUUGGAAAACUCGUUGAAGUGCUCAGAGCGACUUUGGAUCCUAAUCAACGCGAACAAGCUGAAGAACAGCUACAUGAGGUCCAUAAGAUAAUUGGUUUUACACCCAUCCUACUGCAAGUAGUGAUGUCAGACCAGCUAGACAUGCCAGUAAGACAAGCAGGUGUGGUCUACUUAAAGAACACAGUCACCCAGUUCUGGCAGGACAGGGAGGUUGAAAACCCAAGCGACCCAGUUCCGUUCAAUAUUCAUGAGCAAGACCGCCAGACAAUCCGCGAGAACAUGGUAGAAGCGAUCAUACAAGCUCCAGAGCCUGUUCGUGUUCAGUUAUGUGUUGCUCUUAGCCACAUCAUCAAGUACGACUACCCAGGCCGCUGGCCAACUCUAGUGGAAAAGAUUGCUAUGUAUAUGCAUGCUGACAACCAUGGCGCCUGGAUGGGUGCACUCAUGUCACUCUACCAACUAGUCAAAGUCUUUGAGUACAAGAGACCAGACGAACGCAAGGUUUUACAUAAUUCGAUGCAAGUGAUGCUGCCUAUGGUGUACCAACGAUGCCUGGAGAUGCUCCCUGACCAGUCAGAACAUGCAGUAUUGCUGCAAAAACAGAUCCUCAAGAUUUAUUAUGCAUUCAUUCAGAAUUACCUGCCCCAAGAGGUUAUAUCUAAGGAAGUGUUCACUCAGUGGAUGGAGUUGAUCAGACAGAUUGUUGACCGACCUGUACCAGAGCAGACCAAUCAGAUUGACGAGGAGGAAAGAGCAGAGUUGGCCUGGUGGAAGGUCAAGAAAUGGGCUGUUCACAUACUUACCAGGAUAUUUGAAAGAUACGGCAGCCCGGGAACUGUAAUUAAGGACUAUACAUCUUUUGCUGAGUGGUAUCUCAAGGCAUUCUCGGGAGGGAUAGUGCAAGUCCUUCUCAAGGUACUGGAUCAAUAUCGCCAGAAACUGUAUGUGGCCCCGAGGGUGUUACAGCAAACCAUCAACUACCUGAACCAGGGGGUCAGCCAUGCAUUUUCCUGGAAGUUUAUCAAACCACACAUUCAGAGUAUUAUCCAGGAAGUUAUCUUCCCCUUGAUGUGUCACAGUGAUGAGGAUGAAGAGUUGUGGAACACCGACCCACAGGAAUAUAUACGUAUCAAAUAUGAUGUUUUUGAAGAUUUCCUCUCACCAGUCAUUGCUGCUCAGACCUUAUUUUACUCGGCUGCAUCAAAGAGGAAGGAGGUCCUACAGAAGGCGAUGGGGUUCUGUAUGCAAGUGCUUACACAGCCUGCCAUUGAACCACGCCAAAAAGAUGGUGCUCUCCAUAUGAUUGGAGCUGUUGCAGAAAUACUACUGAAGAGGAAGAUAUACAAAGACCAGGCAGAGAUGAUGCUCACAACGCAUGUUUUCCCAGAAUUCACUAGUGAACAUGGUUUCCUUCGAGCCAGAGGUUGCUGGGUGCUGAAACAUUUUUGUGAGCUGAAAUUUCGAAAUGAUGCCAAUCUGCUCCAAGCUCUUGAAUUGACACAGAAAUGUUUGUGUACAGACAAGGAAUUGCCGGUGCGCGUUGAAGCUGCCAUAGCCAUGCAGAUGCUAAUCACAGAACAGGAGAAAGCUAAACAAUAUGUACAGCCACAUGUCAAGCCAGUAAUAUUAGAACUUCUUAAGUUAAUACGAGAAACUGAAAGUGAUGAGCUGACAAGUGUGAUGCAGAGAUUAGUGUGCACAUAUACUGAUGAUGUCAUCCCUAUUGCAGUGGAGAUGAUGACACAUCUUGCCCAGACAUUUGCCCAGGUUAUAGAUGCAGACAUUGAGGGUUCAGAGGAGAAGGCCAUUGCAGCUCUAGGUAUCCUCAAUACUAUGGAAACCAUUCUGACUGUGAUGGAGGACCAGAAAGAGAUUAUGACCCAGCUUGAAGGAAUUGUUUUAACUGUGAUAGGCGUAAUUUUACAGAAAAAUAUAAUGGAUUUCUAUGAAGAGGUGCUGUCAUUGAUUUACAGUCUAACAAGUACACAGGUGUCUCACCACUUAUGGCAAGUCUUUAGAAUGUUGUACGAAAUGUUCCAGAAGGAUGGCAUAGAUUAUUUUACAGACAUGAUGCCAGCGUUACACAAUUACAUAACAGUGGACACUCCAGCCUUCCUGUCCAACCCAGAAAACCUACAGAUUAUAUACAACAUGUGCAAAGCUGUGAUGUCUGCUGAUAUAGGAGAGGAUGCUGAGUGUCACGCAGCCAAGCUUCUAGAGGUCAUUUUACUACAGUGUCCUGGACAAGUAGACCAGGUUGUGCCCUCGUUUGUGGAAUUGGCGUUACAGCGAUUGACACGAGAGGUGUUGACAUCUGAGUUACGGACAAUGUGUUUACAAGUUGUGAUAGCAGCCAUGUACUAUAACCAGCCACUUCUACUGGACACAUUGGGCAAAUUACAGAUACAAAACAUCACUGGUUCUAUAAUGCAGCAGUUCUUAAAACAAUGGCUUCAUGAUGUUGAUUGUUUCUUAGGGCUUCAUGACAGGAAGAUCAGUGCACUAGGGUUGUGUGCUCUUGUCAGCAUGGUAACCAAUCGCCCUAACGAUGUCAGCCAAGUAGGAUCACAGAUCAUUCCAGCUCUUCUUGUUCUGUUUCAGGGCUUGAAACGUGCUUAUGCAAGUAAAGCUCAAGAUGAAAAUGAUGAUUCUGAUGAUGAAGACGAUGAAGACGAAGAGGAGGCAGAUGGCAAUGAAGAGCUUGCAAGUGAUGAGGAUGAGAUUGAUGAAGAAAGUGCUCAGUAUAUGGAAAAAUUAGAGGUAGCAGCCAACAAGGAUGACGACAGUGAUGCAGAAUACACAGAUGACGGAACAGAAGAAACAGCAUUAGAGAGUUAUCAAACACCUCUGGAUGAUGAAAAUUCCACUGUGGAUGAAUAUCUGGUGUUUAAAAGUAUACUGCAAUCUAUACAAACAAGUGACCCAGAGUGGUACAAUGUGCUCACAGGACAGUUGACUGAGGCACAAAGCAAAGAGGUGGAGGAUGUUUUCAAACUUGCUGAACAACGUCGUGCUGCAGCAGAAUCCAAGAAAAUAGAAGAGCGAGGAGGAUAUGUAUUUCAAAAUAUGGCGGUUCCACGGAACUUUGAAUUUGGCACAAAUUAACCAUAGUGAUCGCUCCAGUCAAUCCCACAUGUAAGACACAUGGUCAGAGUGUGCAACUGGCCACUCCCCUAGUUACCCCACCCCAUCACAUGAUCCUCGCUCACAGCCGCAUCAGUCAUGCCGAUUCUUGGUGUGAAAUGACUUGGAUUACCAAAUAGAGCAGACACUACCUGAUGUAGAUCACCUUUGUUCUGGUUCAAAAAGACCAUUUUGGUGCACCAAAGACAAGUUUACAUUGGGGGUGUAGGAAUGUUUGAUCACUGCAUAAUGUAUCGGACAUCUUGCUUCCGUGGAGAACUAAAAGAAAUCUCAAGAUGUGCGUUGUCCAUUCACUUGUGAUAUUUACUGAGAUAAUGUAUGUAAAAUACAUACGUUUAUUGAAUAGUGAUGCGAUAAGAGAUGACCAAACAAAGACUUGAAAUGGCCAUGGAAAUUUUUGUCAGUACGGUGAUCAUGGCAGCUUUCUGCAGUUGUGCUUGUUUUCAGCCUUGGAGUUUACCCCUAUUUUUAACAAAGUACAUGCAUUUGGUUAUGCUUGCCAGCAUUUUGAAUACUUGAUAAUAUCUUUACAAUGAAGUUGGAUCAAGGACACAGAAGCAAGAAAAAAGGAUGAUGUUAUCUAUAUUUCAUAAAGAGGACAAAUGAUCAGUAAUUUCAAUCAUAGUACUUCCUUUCAUUGCAAUUCGAUGUUGCAGAUGUUUUGUCCCUGUUUUUUACUCUUUAAAACACCAGCUGUGAUCUUGAGUGUACCAAGGAAAGCCAUAUAAAAAUGAACCAAUUGACUGUAUAGUGAUAUUAAAUCAUCAAAUAAAUUACCAAAUACAAAACAGUAACUAUAGCAACCAACAAGUUUGGUAUUUUUCCAGAGAUGAUGGCAGUAAUGAGGUCAGUCUGGCUUGUCUCUAAACCAAGGUCCAUUCCUUUGUUCAUUAAUGUACAGUGAAAAAAUAUUGAUAAUUAGCAUGUGCACAUAUUUAAGAAAUUGUUCCAUGUUUUUUAUGUUCACAAACUUAUUAUUCAAUCAUGGGAUAAGGUUAUGGUUUUACCUUAUUGUUGGUGUGUGUAGGGUAGGGAAAUUAUAACCAAUAACUUAUUGUUUAUAUGCCAACAUCAGAAAUUUUUGUGAGGAAUAUUGCUUUGUGACUUUAGUAGACAUAAAAUAUCCAAGAUAUGAAAUCCCUUUUACUUUGCCCAUAAUACUUCCCCCCUUCCCCCCCACGAAAAAAAAAAAACAAAAUCUUAACCCCACAAAAAUUUGUGUAUAUAUGUUGAGUGGUUAAAGGUGGUCAUCACUGAAGAAAACAGAUAGAAUUAUAUAAUUUACAUACUGGAAUUUCACUUUUUGUUUAUCCCUAAUUUAAUACUUUAUUCCACUGAUGUCCAAAAAAUGUUCUGUUACAUAACUAAUGAAGGAAAUCCCAAUCCGAUUAAACUUGUCAGAAUGAGUAGAUAACAUGUAAAUUAUGCUGCUAUAUUUAGCCUUUGAAUCCCAUAAUGAUUUGCCAAUAGCACAUGUAAUGUUGAAAAUGACGACCAAAAAGUGUGCAGAGGAAAACUGACAUAAUCUGUCACCAAGAAGAGAAAAUUAGAUUGGCAAUACCAAUGAAUUCUGCAUGAUGUGAUAAUACCUUAAAUCUACUCUGUAGAUUAUUAAAAGAUUUGCCUUGCUGUCUUAGUUGUUGGGACAUUAACUUUCCAUUUCAAUACUGUCCCACAUUUUGGCAUGCUCUUCGUUUGUUCAUGUUGCCUGGUUUUCAAUAUUAAUUGUCACUCUUCUAAAUAAGCUAGAGAUUACACUGUUGUAAGGAAGGUGAAGAAAACAGGAAUAGACAUCUAAGAGCAAUGCCUAUUUAUGUGGGAAAGUUGAGAAGAUGCUUAAAUUUUAUUAGGUGGGUGGUUACCAACUUCAGGACUAUUGUUUCAGAUGAAUCAUUAUAUUAUGAAAUAACUUGAAUAUUUCACCUAUGCAAGAAUUCCACUUAAAAAUUCUGUUUGGGUAAAAUGAUGCAACCCGCAUUGUAAUUUAGGCCUGGAUAUUGUCUUUUGAAUACAAGUUAUAGGAUGGAAAGCUCCAAUAGGUCUUGAUUACAUCUGUGAUCUUCAGGUAUCUUGGGGUUCCUUCAUUUUCAUUUUCCUUGUAUGUUUUCGUGGGUUUUUUUUUUUUUUUUUGUCACAUGUAACAUCUUGCAAUCAGUGUAGUAUCAUAUACACAUGCAUAGAAAACCUUGCACAACACAUAACGCAAAUUUCUAUUCUACUGACACAGUGAGGUGUUUCAAUAUGGCUUUAAAUUUUAAGUACAAUAUACAAUCGUAAAUAUGAUGCAAUUUUCCAAAGUAUAUUUAUCUAAAAAAUUAUAUUUUCGCGGACUUUUUAACAUGGUUCUCAAUCAAAUUGUAUUUGUAGAAUUCCAGUUAAACAGUCAUGAAUACAGGAAACUUAUCCACAAAUUAGACCUGAAAGUAGCUCUUGAUGAGAUGAGGGAUAUAACUCCUUGAAAGUUUGGUUUUGAAAUCAUCAAAAUAAAGAUUGGUGAUUGUAAGAUGAAAUGGUAACCAGUUUCAAGAUUAUUUUAAUAAUAGUUGAUUAUUUUGGCAAAUAUUAUAGAAAACAUCUUUUUCCAUUUCAUACUUGAAAAUCAUUGUGGCUUUACACCUAUGAUCUUCAUUGUGAUGUCAUAGUGUAAUCUACAAGUGUGCGACAGCAUAAACUUUAUGUCAGUAGCUGACAUAGCAGUUAUGUUGUUGGUCUAUGAGUUCAUCAAAGUUAUUUUCAGGCCUUCAGAAAACAAAAAAUAUUGUGUGAAUUUAACACUGGGGUUCAUUGUAGCAUAUAAUGUUUCCUUCAACUAUAGUUACAUAUAGUGUACAUUGUACUUAUUGAAGUAUUGCAUGUAUCAACAGAGAUCUUGAUCAAUGUAUAACUCGUUUAAAAGACUUGGUGAUCUAAUUUAUAAAUCACUGUGCUGAAAUAUUCUGUUGUGCUUUGUGUACAAAACUUAAAUAGUGCAAGUGGCCCGGUACAUGUACCUUAAAGUUGUUAAAUUGAUUUCUUGUUGCUGUAAUUUGUUUUGUUAAUAGUUAAAAUUAAUGUUUCGAUUUAACAGAUGUUUAAGGGCAACGUAUGUUACUCCAGGCAUUGCCCUAACAUCAGAUGUUUUUCUUUUUAUAUGAGAUUAUUUCUGGAAAGUUGUAAUCCAUUUUCUGAUAAAUAUAAUGGUGCUGUUUAGCAAAUUGAAUGUUUAAUUUUCAAGUCAACAGCAACUGAAGUUAUUUAAUAAUAGAAAUUUGUUCAAAUGUUGACUUUGUUAUUAAAUUAUAACCCUUAGGAGGGUGGUCAGUAUGUAUUUUCAGGUUUAGUAUAACAGCACGUAAUUCUAUGUUUGGUAUUGGUGAAAUCUGCUACAAGAGGAAUUGCCAGAAACCAGAUUAGACGCAAGAAUGUGAAUUUAAAUUAUUUAUGAAACCAGUAUCAGAAUAGAAAUAUGUACAACCUUUUGUUGUAUUGGUAAACAAAACAAGGUAUUUAUUGAAUAGGAACUUGUGCAUUAUUCAUAAAACAAUCCAAGAAGAAAAAUCGAAAUUUGCCUGUGGAAACCGGACUUUUUCCUGUGUCACAUCAUUUAUGGUAAUGUUAAUGGUAGUUGUUCAGUUGAUUCAUGACAAACAAUUUGGUAGUAAUAGUUCUUGCUCUUUAAUACAUAAACAAAUCAAAGUACCUUGUAACAGUGAUUUUUGGUACUUGGAUAUUAAAGUCCUGGAUUCAUGCUCUUGCAGGGACUCGCUCAAAUUUUGAAAACUGACUAGUAUUGGGACUCAUCAAAAUUUUGAAAUUGAUGUUCUGCACUGACCUGAAAAAAUUCUACAAAAAUUACUGUUGUAAUAAAUCAGUUAUGGUACUGGCAUGUAAAACAUCAACAAAUUACUUAUAAUGUAAGGUUUCAAUCUACCAGUACUAAGUAUUGAAGUAUGAAGAGCUGUAGAAAACUUCAGAAAUUGUCAAAUCUACUUCAUGUAGAAAUCUAAGAUAAGAGGGAAAUGUACCUGCAAGUACAUGUACGUUACAAAAAAUCACCUAGCAUAUUUUGUCACUUGUUUAUUCUUGAAUAGUGUUCUUUUAUUGGAUAUUCUCAGUUUUAAAGUGAUCAAUAUCAUUUUGAAUUUUAAAACUGUUAUUCACCUAUGUAUAAACUUUUGUACAAAUAGUAAAUGCAUCAGUACAUCAAAAUCAUAGAUAUUUUUCCCAACUUAAUCCCUUCCGAAAUUUCUUUUUUUUUUUUUUUUUUUUUUAGUUUUGAAAUGCUUUUUAUUAAAUGAGCAAAUUAGUUUGGCUAUGUGUGCAUAACAAAAACUGGAUAACUUUGACAUUUAUGUGUCACUGAUGUAGAUAACUUCCACAUCUAUUAUUUUGUAAUACAGAAAUUUUAAAAGUGUACAUAUAUACAUAAUAAAUGAACAAUGAAACAAGUUAACAUUUUCAUGUUGCUGGCUUGAAAUAUGGAUAUUAAUUAGACAAUGUAAAUGGGGUUUGUGCAAAAGCCUAAUAGAUAAUUAGAUUUAUUGGGAAAGCCAUAAAACAAAAUUAACUAAUAUUGCAUGUCAAUUUAAGUUUGAAUGAACCUGCUGCAAAUCAUUUGUGUUGCUGUCGGGUUACAGAGUGUGUUGGUGGCAUGCGGUAAUGAGAAGCUUGUUCCAUUGUACAUAACAAUAAAAAUAUCCCUAUAAAAAGUUA